AUGAAUGAGUGUGCCAAAUACAGAAACCUUUGUCGUAGUUACCUCGUGGACACUAUGGAUAUAUUAAACAAAGCGGGGCUCUCUGAUUUGCAAAAUAUUCAAGAAAAUUUACAUCAUGUUCAGGGCUGUUUAGUAGCAUCGAGUUGCAUUAUAUGGAUCAUGAGUGACAAUAUUGGCUCAAAUUCCCUUCUAGUUGGUGAAUAUGUUGUUGAAAUUGCAAAUCUAGUUUACUUGAUUGUGAAUUCGGUCUUGGUAUCUGUGUUAGACGUUCAGAAUAAAGAUAAUGUUUUAGAUAUAGCUUGGGUGACAAGAAUUGUCUCAGAAGUGGCAUCAUUAUUAAAACAACUUGGACGAUUGAAUUCAAAAUUGAGUUUAGAAGAAGAAGCGCUCACAAAGCUAGAGCUUACCUGUAUUCAAUUGAUUUUUGAGGAGACAUUUACCCACGGAAGAUUGACCUUGUUCCCCAUUGAUCCACUUCGGUAUUCGGCAGCAUUAUUUAUUAUUGAUGUUUACGAAUUUUCAACUACACAAAGAUCUUUCUUGUUAAAUGAAUUGAUAGUUAAUUUUUUACGUUUGCCGGUCAAGAAAAUGGAUGUUAGGAACUACCAAAUAGAAAGAGGAAAUAAGAUUAUGUUAUAUUCAAUGAUUUGUAUCAGAAUUUGUCAGGUGAAGGAUGGCACUGCUGAGCGUCUCAGUUCAGGAUUAAUACAGCGAGUAGUGGAAAAGUUUGAUUCAACAUCUAAAUCCUUGUUUGAAUAUUUGAUUGAGGACUUGAAUUUGAUGUUGCCGUAUCCAGAAUGGGCGGGUUCUUUAUUGCUUUUGAAAGUAUUGGUUGAGCAAGUCCUCGACACCUUGUUGACUAAAGAGAAUGCUCCACCAACAGAAGUGUAUUUUCUCGAUGUAUUGGGAAAUACUUGCAAGAAUGUUCUUGUGUUGAAGAAUUCGACAUCAGUCACGGACAAAGCAGAAGUUCUAUUGGAUUGUUCCAGAUAUGGCGGUUCACGCGAGCUGGAAUACAUGGAAGAGCUUCUUCUGGAGCAUAACACUGACAAGUUUUGCUAUACUCUACAGUUGUUAAAAGAAUUAGAUGGUUUUUGCUCUGUGUUUUUAACGUCCCUAGUGCAUUUUCUAGAAAGUCCAAAGAUUAAAAUUAAAACAAAGACGGUAAAAAUUCUUGCAAUGUUAUCUGAAUAUCAUCCUAGUUUAUUGUCUUCAACUGCCUUACAACAGUCAUUAUCGGCACGGUUGUGUGAUGAGGCAACUCUGGUAAGAGAUGCAGUCUAUGAAUUUCUUGGAAAGUAUAUCAGAUCACAUCCUUAUGAGGCCGAUAAAUAUUGCAGUCAAUUGUGCAAUGCAUUGAGUGAUGAAGGUAUUUCUGUAAGGAAGAAAGCUAUUAGGUUGAGCAAGGAUAUAUAUCCCAUGUUUGGUACAGAAGCAAAAAUAUCCAUUGGCACAAGGUUAUUGAAACGAUUAAAUGACGAAGAAGACAAUAUCAAGAACGAAUCGGUAUAUAUGAUGAUGGAAUGUUGGAUAACUCCUUUGGGUAAUAGUGACAAGUCUAGAUUGGCUGUUCAAGAGCUAAUUAACCUUGCCACUUCUCAUCAUAAAACCUUGGAGAAUCUUGAACUAUUCUUAGAGUCGUAUGUAUUCAAGAAACCUGAUGCCCUGAAAUUAACUGACUGUCUUAUGGAGACUCUUUUGGAUUUUGUGGCUGAAGAUUCAAAUUCUAAAGAAGGGGCAUUAUUAUUGCUUUCAAUUUGCAGUAAAUGCAAGCCAGAGUUGAUGGGGCAAAACAAACUCAUAGCGUUGCAGCCAUAUUUGGUAGAUGAGAAUAAUUGUUCAACUAAAUCCUACCGGUUUGCUUUGGGAGUUUUAAAGAAUGUUUUACCUACUGUUACAGCACUCCGACCGGAUUUCAUCAAUCCCGUACAAAGUUUCUUGCUUAGAAAGUUGACUAGAUUCUCGAAUAAGGAACUACAUGAAGCUGUUCCAAGUUUAUGGCAAUUCUGCAAAAUCAAGAAAGAUUUCCUGAAAAUGGUGAAUGCUGCUAUUUCCACAAUAAAAAUGAUGCGAAAGUAUCUUGAUAACCAAGACUUGAAGCGAGACAAUAGACUUGCAAAACUAUUACAACUAUUGUCCAACUUGAUUAAUCAUUGUGAAUUGGAAAAACAUCGAGAGGCAUUUUUGAAUGCGAAUAUUGGGUUGAAGCAAAAUGAACCAGUAGUAUCAUUGGCUGUUAAAUACAUUUCAAGUUUUUGCCAGUCAAGUAAUCCACUGUCGGUGGAAAUUAUUGCCGUGAGCAGUCUUCUUGUCACCUGUACAAACUAUCCUCGGAUAUUAAUGUCACCUCCGGUGCUUGCAAUUUUUGAUGACGCGUUGAGUUGUUCCACUCCUGAAAUGAUCAAGUCUGUCAUCCAAUCUAUGAUAGUUUUCUUGCGUGAGAAGGAUAGACCAACUAGCUCGUCUAAAUCCAGUUUGGAAGACAUUAUCGAUGACGCAUGUCCAGGAAUCGUGCAAAGAUAUAUCAAUAGAAUCUUAUUGUUGAGUCUUUCGGAUAAGGGCGAAUACUCAUAUUUGCCAUUCCAGUUUGUUCAAGUGGCAUUGGAAUUGGGGUUUGCCAAUCCAAAGAUAUGUAUGCCUACAGUAAUGGCAUUGGAAGCUUCUCCGGUUGUGAUAAUACAGUCGUCCGCAAUUAAUAUGCACAAAGAAUUGUUUGAAAAACACGAAUCCUUGGUGGAUUCCAGUUAUCAAGAAGGUAUUAGAUUGGCAUUUGAUAACCAGCUUAUGAGUGUUCUGUUUUUCAAGGUUGUGCAUGAGAUUGUGCAAGUAUCCAGAAGCUCCAGGAAUAGGUUUAUUCAAGCAAUUUGCAAAUCUAUGAGUUUAGACAAGAUUUCCUUUUUGCUAUUUUGUAUUGAGAGAGUACUGAUGAUGAGUUUCAAAAGCAUGGAAGAGAUACUUAUCAUUUUGACUGAAUUACAGGAUAAUGUUCACAGUGUUGAUCCGGAUUCUAUUGAGUACAAUCAUGCGCUAGCUGCAUGUGCAAUGAUCGAGUUGUAUCGUCAUUUAACAAGUGUUUAUAAAAUAUCAGAUGACCAAGUUGAAUCCUUCGGUACCGGGGCUUUUGAAGUUGAUCAAAAACAUACACCGAAAGAGGUGAGACAUGCUGCAUUAUCGUUGGAAUGGUAUCACAGAAAAAUUAACGACGCUAGUAACAUGGAGCAAUGUAUAGAAAAUAUAAAGGAGUUUACGUAA